GAUCGCUCCGAAUUCCGUCUCGAUGUAGCCAUUUUGAAAAGUAUGACACGAAUGCUGAUUAAAAAUUACAAACAAAUUUCCCCGCCAUCCAAACAAUCAGCAGAGCUCACUUGUCGAAUUUGAUUGACAUUGAUAUGCCUUUAGACUUGCCGCUCUUUGCUUAUCCAAGAUUGGUAAUGAGAGCGUUUAAUUCAUUUUGUGGUUUAAGACGAUUCGCCGCACUAAAUCCUCAUUUAGCACGGAACACAAUAGCUCUGAGCGAAAAAGCGACCCAAUCACUAACCAAGAUAGCCAUAAAAGAGUCGCUUUAUUCCUAGAUCGGCCUCAACUCGUUUGGGGUUUUCACUACUCAUUGCAAGGCAAUCAGAAACGAUUCAGCCAGCUGCACUUAAUUACAGCCACCGUCGACAUGUGUGAAGUUGCCAUAAAGCACGUGCUAUCACCCGGGGCACCGAAGUGCGCUUUCUGAUUGGUGCGGUCUCGUGCGCCGUUGUGACGUCCUCUCCCGAGGGAAUUGAUCGCUUCAUGCGCCGCCUUUUGCUAGCGGCUUCGUUUGAAGUAGUUUUUGCAACCUUACCGCACUUGAAAACACUUAGGACCCAAAUGCGGAGCGCUUUCGAGCACUGUGAACAUUUUCUCGCGCGAGAAACCUUUCAAGAUCAAUACGUGGAGGGCAAGAUCGCCGAUCGCGUGGCCUUCAUUUAUUUACGAUUUUUCAGUAAUCGCCUUCAACGCACAUUUUGAGCAGUUCAUCGGAGCGUCGCGAGUGAUAUAUGUAUUUGAAUAUUUGCUUUGAGGGCUCACCGCGGCUUACGUUUGAUCUCUGCGAGGCAUUCUCUUAGUGAGAUCCGACGAACAACUGUAGAGCAGGUUGGUGGCUCAACUCGACUGAAUGCGGACCGCAGUUCUCCGCGAUUUGGAAUUAUGGAUUUGAGGCAAACACAUUCGAAAAGCUUUCGAAAGGUUUAUUAUGAUCAGAGGGAAUCACAACAGAAAUCGAGUACCGCACGUGAAAUGCUACUGGCCGGAUCAGCGGCCGACUACCCCACAACUAUGCGACCCCCUCCAACCGGCGAAGAUUCGAACGACAGCGAACGCUCUAAAGGAAAGUUAGGGGUUUCCUCGAAGCCUGAAUCGUUCCAUUCAAGCUCUCGAAUGACUCCAGGGAGAUUUUCGAAGAAAGAAUCGAUUCCAGUGCGAGGUUUUCCAGGACUCGAUUCGGACGAAGAAAUGCUUGAGCGGGUAGGAUUUGAGCCCGAGGGUAGCGCCGCUUCAACUCCGCAAUUUGAGCGAUGGCCGACAAGUUUGAGCGAUAUGCUUAUGGAUUGUCAAGGAUUUAACUCUUUUUAUCAAUUUCUACGACAGGAGAAGAAAGAAAAUCUCUUAGACUUCUGGCGGGCAGCGGAAUCGUUCAAGCGAAUGGCACCGAUUUCGUAUGAACUUCGAACAACCGCCAAAGCGAUUUUCCAGAAGUUUGUUUUUGCUGCGAGUUCUGACGCUUUGGAAAUCAGCGAUACAGUUAGAAACGAAAUAGCACAGCAUAUCAAUGAUCAGUCUGUGGAUUGUGGACUUUUUGAAGAGGCCUUAUCAGAAAUCAUGGUGAACAUGAAAAAUAAUCAUUAUCCUCGUUUCAUGAACACAAGCCUGUACAAGGAUUGUCUCCAAAGCGGCGGCGAGAGUCCUAAAGAUUUAAGCUUAUGUGAACGCUAUCCACAGACACCGAGAUUCCAUUGUGGAUAUCUACCUACUCUUCCGGAAGAAAAAGUUUUAGGAUUUGACGAGAUUGAGGACGAUGGAGACCAAUUUGAAUUUGAACAACAUCGCAAAAGUGUGAAAGGAUUGUCUCAUUGUGGAAAUAGACAGGGCUCAGAUGAACACAAUGCGCGGUAAGUGACUCGCUCAAUUUCCACCAUAACAAACUGCUUUUUUAAUCUUGAGCUCAAUAGUCUGGCAAUGUUGCCGGAUUUUUACACUUGAAAUAUCUUAUUGAGUUACUCGACAGUUAAAUCUCUCUGUUUGAGUGUAGUUAUCAGCAAUUUACAUUCAGCGUUUCCCGAAUAUGAUUGGGCCGUUGUUCAGCAAUGUUAUUGCAAUUUACUUGCUCUUGUUUUUGAGCGAUAAUCUUACCGACUUUGUAGCUAAUGAAAGCAUGAAGUACAGAUAUUUUGUUUUGGUUUUUAUGAGAGAGAUUAGAGCGAAAAUCGUAAGGAUUACCCAAUAGAAACAGAUAUUGCUUCUCUUGAAGUUUACGUUGGAAACUUUGUCAACUUUCGAUUAUGUACGGUGCCUUGUGUACAAACCCUCAUACCGGUUAAUUGAGACUGAUGUUUAAUUUCUAAAGAAUUUUUAUCCUUUACAACGGAAGUGUUACAAUCUUAAUUUAGAAUGUGCACUAUUUACUCUGUUUUAGUCCUUCGUUGUCAGUUAUAAGCCUUUUUUACUAGCUUUUCAAAUGUUUCUGCGAUGAUGUUGAAGUUGUUUGACCUGAUCCCGAUAAAAUUAGAACUAGUGAAAACUACAAAAGUAAUUGUCAUUCUCUUGGAACUAAACGCAUUGUUUCUGUGUUCGAAAUCAAUGCUGUUCUUCGUUCCGGCGAAUGAUCGCUCGCCGUGGGAACAACAUAAGUGAUCGAUCAACAAACUCGGAAAUAAAAUUUGGCAAACUUUGUGUUAUAUAACUAAGUGACUUUUUUUUUCAAUACGGAGAGUCUUUGAUACCCCCCGAAAUGAUUGCAAAUCUGUUAAAUCUAUCAAGUUUUCUAGUAAAAUUAAAUUAUGUGUAAGAUGAAAACGCAUCAAUCUUUUGACUUCAAAUGAACUGAGCAUGUUUCUAUCGUAAGAUUGAUCGCUUUGACCGGUAAAGCGUGCUGGUUGUAUGUUCAGUUAUUGUGUAGUUUAGUUAGAAGUACUUGUAAUUUGGAGAGGGUGUGAAUUCCUAUGUUGCUGUUUCCAGCCGUGAGCGGACACUCGAGAAGCAAGUAUCGGGUUAAUGAAAACUGACGGUUCGAGGUGAUUGUAACUUUCCUAAAGACUCUGUUUUGGAUUUUAACAGGUUUCUUUUGAUUCCGUAAGGUCACUUGUUUGGCUUCCAUAUUUAUGAAUUCUUGUAUCAAGUUAAAAGCAUGACAAACAGUCUGAAGUGAGUGGAGAUGCUAAGCAAUAAAAGGCAAAUUGAAUCUGUGCAAACAUACAUUAACAUUGGCUACUUAACUUUCAUCGCAUAAUUGCAAAAAAAUUCACAAAUCUGAUCAUAAUAACUUGGCCAGAUUGCAGAACGGAAUGACUGUUUUUUGCCAUGCAUAAUCUUUUUUAAAAGAAGCUGCAUUUCUUCAGAUGCUUUUUUGGGUUCCGUUGAGUGUCAUAGUCUAAAAAAGUAAUCAUUGAAGAUUAUGCAAAAGCUUGGUUAAAGAUGGAAUAUUGUCGAUUGUUUUCAAAACCUAAUGUUUUUGUACCCUUGAAAAAAGUCAUUUCUCUCAUUGAGGAUCAUUCAAGCGUGACCCUGAAGUUAAGAAGGAUGUUUUUGUUCCCAUGGGGUCAACAAGCCAGUAGUGUGCUUGAUGUAUUUCUCUAUUGUUCUCCACAUUUUUUGCCUUAUCAACUUUUAGUGUUUCCGUAAGAGCUACUCAUAGCUUGAAGACAUGCACGCUGUUUCAAUUGCUUAAAGCAUGCGACUAAAAUCAUGGGCAUGUUUGUGCAGAAUGAGGCUUCAAGUUAUUCUACCAAGACAAUUUUUCCUCUGCAGCAAAGAUCAAGCCUGCACUUCUAAAACAUUCUUUAAUUUGUUUUGACACUACAUUAGCAUAUCUAUGAUAAAGAAGGAAUUGUAGAGUGUUUAACUUUUUUACUUCAACCUUUUAAAUUUGCCAGGGUGCAUUUCUUUUGGGAGAAUCCAAAAAUUAUUAGACUAUCAAUAUCUCUUUUGGAUUCACUGCAGUGAAAGAAAUGAACCCAAAAUGGUCUCCUUAGGCUGACAGAAACAUUAAUGCAAACCCCAUAUCCUUGCUUAAAGAAAUGCACAGCUUGUGAACCCUAAAAACCUAGAUUUCGAGUCGGUCUAAUGAAUCUACUCAGAGUCUGACUUCUUAAGAUUCAGAAUCCAUCAAAUCCGUUUCUGGAUUCAAGAACCUGGAUUUCGAUAUGCUCAUAGAAUCACACCCUUUGCUUCUCCUUCAAAUUAUUUGGUAUUUAAGUAUUAAGUGAACAUGUUUUUACACUUGACCCCCUUGUGCCCAUUUUCAGAGUUGACCAGGCAUCUGACCUUAAGUGAGGCUUUUAAUACAAUCAAACCCUGUCAAUAGGACACUGAGUGGACCAUAGAAAGUGUGUAUUUUAAGCAUGUCGAAUUUAGAAAAAAAAAUGUAAGGGCUUUCUUUCCCAAGGCAAACUGUCCGUAACACAGUGGAACCUCGAUAUAACGAAGGGCCAAGGGAUGGGCAAGAUUUGUGCGCUACAUCAAGGUUUUGUUAUAUAUUUGCUAUAACAGCAGUAAAGAAAAUCGUUUGUUAUUCUGAGGUCUUCAUUAUAUAGAGGUUCGUUAUAUCGAGGUUCCACUGUAAUGAGGUGUCCUUAUUAUAAGCGGGUGUCCUCAAAGUGGGAUUUGACUGUAUUUGAGUGUACCCAAGUAAUUCAACUGUAAGUGAAAGUGACUUUCACAAAUUCAAACCAGAUGGUUUCCUGUGACAGUCCUAGCUUUGACUUCACAGCUCUUGCUUCUCAUGCCUGUCUUAGCUAUCAGUCAUUAUUAUUAUUAUUAUUCAUCCAUCUCUUCAUAUUUGAAUUGAACAUAAAGAUUUCCUUCCAUGUAAAAUUAACCAUGCCAUUGGCUGCGUGUGUUGAUAUAACUUUGCUUAGUUACCAGGCAAAUUUUGUAAGCACAUGCUUGAACCAACACCAAAGUUUGUUUACAUCUUUUAACUGCUUCUUAAGUGUGUUUUUUACUAACUUCAUUUGUUGAAAAAAGUUAAAAUAAGUAAUUAAAACUGUAAGAGCUGUUUUGUGACAAGUAUUUUAACAAGAAUGAAAGUGUUGAUGUUGCACAUUUCUCGAUGGAAAGAACCUUUUCUCCAACAUCUCUGUUUAACUUUUUCAUGAUUGUCAACCUGAUGUCAUAAGCUAGCAGUCUUAAGUCUUGGCUUAUAGCCAAAUAACUAAGGUAUAAUUAAAAUGAUAUGAUAUGGUAUGGAAUGGCCAUUUAAAUGAAGCCUUCCAGCACCUCUUCUAUGGCAUUUGUUUCAUUUACAAAAAUAUGCUUGGAAGUUUUGAGGAAUAUGGAUUUUUGUCAUUAAAGGGGAAACCAUAUGAAGCUGUGCUCCCUUCCUAGACAAGGCUUGUACUUGGGGGAAAAUUUUGAAGUAGUGCUCAAAGUCCAGAAAGCUGAUUAAAUCAGGGGUCCAAUAUGGCAAAUAUCAUAUAUUUUUUUCUGAAUGCAAAACAAUUCCUUAUGUGCCCAAGGCAACAUCAAUGCUUAUCGUGAGGGGUCAAACUCACAAACAUUUUUUCCUUGUGCGGGAAGGCCAGUUGUUCAUCUGUUUCAAAAGAAAUUUUCAAGGUACUUCUCUUGAUGCAGUUCUUGUUUUCUUAUUACUAUGAUGUCUUUUUCUCAAAGUAGGAUCCUGUUAGACUCCUUGGUAAAAUUUUACAUUUAUUGCCCUUUUAAUCACAUUCUCUGUCUCUAAAACUGUUGUUUAAUUUGCACCCUUAGAGGGCUGAUCCAUUGCAGACUUCCAUUGAAGCGGUUGCUGUCACCAUAUCAGUAUCCUACAGCUCCAGUGGGGUCUAGGAUUGAGUCUGAGAACCAAAGCCUCUCCAGUGAUGCUAUGACGGAGGAUACUAUGUCAGUCACUGACAGUGCCUUGACUGAGUAAGUCAACAUUAUUUGACAUGUACAAGCUUAAUUAUUAGAGGCAUUGUGAGUAGCAUGUUCCCAAUUGAGAUAAUGUUGGCUCAGAUUGCAAUGGAAGACCUUUAGCAUCCACGGCAUGUUUUUGGGCAGCCACUGAAAGACAGUGUGCAAUACAAGGACAGAAAUAGAGACUAAAUAAUAUAAUGUAAAGCAAGCAAGAGGCCAGAAAAAAUAGAGAAAUAUCAUUCUCAGCACCUAGAAACACUGGGAUAUUCUGCUUGAAUGUGUUUUGAGGCUGCCUCUGUGAGUUUCUAGUCCAAAUGCCAUUUCUCCCCUUGUCCUUUUUUUUAAUCUAAUCAGUGUAAUGGAUGGCAACCUCGAAAUAUUAUACUUGGCUGAGUUGUGGGGUUUCGCUAGCCAUGGGCAGAUUGCUCUGUUCAGGAGCUUACUGGUCUCUUAUCCCCUGGUUUCCUCAGGUUCCACUGCUCAAAGUCAGCCAUUGGCUGAAUUUUUUGUGCAUACUGACUGUUGUUGCAUUUUGCAGUGAUACAUCAUCCAGAUGCAGUGAUGGAAGACGCAGAUGUUCUUCAAAUCGAAGGACAACUGCAGGUCACCAUGGUGGACUGGCAUUUGCUCCAUUUAUUCCGGUGAGUUACCCUACAUUUAAGUGCAAGAACUCGCAAGGUGAUGUCAAAUGUUAUAUUUAUGGAUGAGUUUUGAGCAAAGAACAGAGUUUUGGAUGAAAUAUUUUGAAGAUGAUGAUUACACCCUUGCUGAAGGGACCUGGAAAAGAAAGGAUACUAGCUUUAUAAGAGUCGAAAUCUUUUUGUUCUUUGCCCACCGCAUUGUAUGCCAUCCAGCAAGGUGUUUUUGUCCCAUGUGACCAAUUCUCUGCAAAGGCCACAUUAUGAUAGUGGUGUGGGUCUUAUGUGAUGCAUGAUAAUUACAUGCCUACAAAAAAAAAUGGUUUUUUGUAGGGUAGAGGCAAGGUACUAAUAUCAUUUCUGUUUUCUCAGCGCACACAGCGUGUUCCAAAGGACGCCAGACAUCCAUUGGCCAGUAAUCCUCCUGAAUUUGCAAGAGUCUUGACAGAGAAACUAGAGCAGGUUAAACUAGAGCGAGAAAUUCUUGAGAGAGAAGCCAAGAACUUGACUUCUCAUGGUUCAGAGGUAGGUCAUCUCGUAAGAGGCCCUGUUAGAGUUCAACAAGGUACAUGUCCUUAAAACAGCGACAUAAGAGGGUUGGAAAAGCGGACAAACAUCAAAGUUGAAAACGCUGGUGCUGCAGUUUAUGUUGGAAGUUUAUGUUGUAAUGUCUCUUGAACUUUGAUCUAGUGUAACUCAGAAAAUAGAAGGACGUUAUUAGCUCAGUGUAUGUGGUACUCCAGUUUGAAGUUAGUACAUCAAAACUGUGUCCUUAAAAGGAGAAGAAAGGCUCUUCAGUUAUGGUUUUUUCAGUUGAGGGGUGCCUAAGUAUUAAUUUUUGUGUUUAAAACUGAAACACUAUGCAGGCAUUUCGUAAGUCCAUGUCUUUAAUAAAAUCAAUAAUCCUGAAGGGCAGAUAUAAAAUACUGUUUGAUUUAGUUCGCAAACAAUUUAUUAGAGUCUAUUAUGUUCUAGCCGUUGCUUGACAUUUCGAUUUUUUAUUCUGUCUUCUUAGGUGCCCAAAAAGUCAAUUCUCCAACAAGCCAUUGAUAAUAGCAGGAAAAAUCCACUUAGCACCAUGGCAAUGUCAGUUGUUCCUGAUCCUGCAGUACCUUACAGGGACACUCACCAGAACAGUCGUGUAGACGGUGGAGUAAGGAGCUCUGCCCCUAGCACAUCUGCAGCAACGGUAGCUAAUGACACUCGCAGUAAACCUACACAACCUCAGCAAGUGCAAAAAGUUAAAAAACCAGCUCCAGAACCCAAGGAAACAGUUGUUGAUCCAGAACCAAGCAUGCCUGUCCCUACCCAGGAAGCUGAUGUGUGGGAGGAGCGCCCAAGUCGGAAGGAUGACCACAUUCCAUUCCUAACGCACAAUCACCAGCGCAUCAUGCAGUGGAUGGAGGAAGGUGAGCAAGCACAGCAGGGUUCUCCGAAAGAAUCAAGGCAUCAUCGUCAUCACUCACCUUCCACGAGAAGUGGCUCAAAAAGUAAGCAGUCAAGUUCUAUGAGGCAUUCUGAGACGACGUCUCGGCAUCUGCCCAGUCAGCCCAUCGCUUCUGACCCUCUUAUGCCUCCUCUUCCUGUGCCGCAUGCAUCGUCUGUUCUGGAGGAAACAAGAAGGAGGUUACUUGAGGCUCAGGAGGGUGAGAAAAGAAGUAAACAUCAUCAAAAGCAACGGUAAACACCAUUUUGUUCUUACAUUUAUUUAUUUUAUAUGAAAGUUGGGAUCAGUGUAAAAGGGACCCACCUUGCUGUCAUGAUAGGAAAGUAUGAAAGCACCAGAAGUUAGUUCAGCUGAAGAACAUUGGCUUUUUUCACUUGUAAUUAUGCUUCCAAUUUGAAUAUGAGUCGUAUUACUUUCAGCUGGUGGAUAGUUGUCAAUAAUUGACCUCCACCAAAAAUAGGCAAUUCUUUCAUUAAAGUUUUGUUUUUUGUUCCUGAACUCUACAUUUAUUUGUUAAAAAUGAAGUAGAAGAUUCUAUUUCUUUCAAAUUGUGUGGCUCUUUAACGGCGGGGGCUCUGUUGAAGUUUUUUUUUCUACCUUCCUAAAAUGUUUGAGAGUUUUGUUUGUGCUCCAAAAGUCUUCGUUAUUUUAAUCCUUACGAUACCCUUCAUUGCAGAUCAAGUUUCUGACCACACAUGAACUUAACAUUUUUUAUCAAUGUAUUAUGGUUUCCCUUUGAGGAAAUAGAAGUUUUUUCUCAACAAGAUACAAACAGUUUGAAUUUUUCAGUUGCAAUUGGACAUGCCUCUAAAGACAAAACUGCAAUACCCUUGUUGAUCUAACCACCCACAGUCAAAACUUUGUAGACAAAACAAAACUCCAAAUUGGAUAAUUUAAAGACUGGAAUGGCUGUGAUUAUCUCAUAUUGAUUGCAGUGGUCCUGACAGAGGUUUUGCAAAAUUUUAGUUCUGUGGAUUCUCUUCCGUAUCGUUACCUAAAGAAGGCCACUCGGUAGCCAACCAUUCACUAGACUAAAAAUGUUAUUGUUACGUUUGGUGCUUUGAACUUCCUGAAUGCAGUUGACCCUCUGCUACCAGACAAUUAGUGAUUUUCUUAGUGACAUUCAAUCACUACAUUUUAAACCAUGUGUAAGUGGAAACGUUCUUCUAAGUGACAUUAUUUCAGCCUCAGGGGUGUCUGCUUACAGGAGAGCUGAUUUUAUUUUUGCCUGUUGCUGAGAUAUCUGCCUGUGAGAAAGCUUGAUGUGAACGUGCUGCAAGUUGAGAUUUAAAAAGUAUCCCCACAAGUGUUGAUUUAAUAAUUUCUGUUUUUCCAAUCCAGGUGCCACAUUGUGGGAGAGCCAGAUACGUCAAUACACAGAGAAAAAAAUACAGCAGGAUCUUGUUGUUCCACUAAAGACUUUUCCAAUUAUGGGCACAUGUCUGGUGCCCCUCCUGAGAGGCAUUAUAAAGGUGCAGCCCUUGCUACAGGGUCAUCUGCUAUGUCUUCAGUGUCGCGCACUGAUGCAGUGGGUAGAGACAGUGGAUCUGGAAAAAAGAAGGAGAAAAAUGACAAAAAUGAAAUCAUAAUCACAUACUUUUUAUGGGGAGAGCCUAUUCCUUAUAGAACAACCCUUCCUGGAAGAAGUGUUACACUGAGACAGUUUAAAGAUCUGUUGCCUCCAAGAAGAGGAAGUUACAGGUGAGAUGUGGUCCAUAAAUUGCAUGUGUAGCAGUUUUUAUUGAAAUGCAAUAACUUAUCAGUGUGAGUAGGGCUGUCACUAAGAGCUGGGUAUACGAUAGACUGCAAAACAGCCCAGGUUAAGAACGCACGUUUAAGCGGUCAAAGAAAAGGUCGGGAGUGAGGGUUAAAACAGAGAGUAAGACUGGGUGUGCUUUGCAGGAAAAUAUCACACCAGCGAUAUGGGCUUUCCAAACCGAUUUUGAGAAGAAAACCGACUGUUUUGCAGUCUAGGUAGAUGAAAUUAAUAGCCAGGGAAUUUCUCUUGGUUCUAUAUGCCUUUUGUUCACUAGGGGUCAUGCUCAUAGUAGCCAGGGGGAAAUCGCUGGUCACUAGCCCUUAUUGACACCCCUGGUCGAUGUGUAUUGACCUAUCAUAUGGUUAACAUGGCUGGAUAUUGACCGAGGGGCGGACAGCAGAGAUAUCUAGCCAUACUAGCUAAACAACAUCAAGCCCAUGCAGUUAGGUAAUCAAAGUGAUAGAUUUUCUUCAUCUUGCUUAUACAAACAACAUCAAAACAGCUUGUAGAAAUAGCUUCUGUCAAAUUAACUUAUCUUCCUGUCACAGGGUAUAAGCAGUUUCUUUGAAGGUCAUUUAUUAAUUCAUUUUUUUGAGAAAAGCUUCCAGAAAAGUGAAGGUGAGGUUCGAUGUGGUUCUUGGUUCAGCUUUUUAUGUCUUUCAUUUUUUUGGUUUUAUUUUGUACAAUAAUCAUUUGAGCAGAAAUAAAAAAUUCAACCAAAGACAACAGUGAACCUUAACAUAAGCAACUAAUCCCGAAAUUGUAUCAAUGACAAAACCAAAAAGUACUUCAUGAUGGUUUUCACAACUUUAUCAGGAAAAGACUCAAAAUUCUUUCUUUUUUUUACAGAUUCUAUUUCAAGCGAUCAACAGAUGACAGAGACUGUGAAGGACCGGCAGUUUACGAAGAAGUCAAGGAUGACAAUGCUGUUCUACCUACUUUCGACGGCAAAGUUGUCGGAAAAAUUGAGAGAGUUGACUCUUGAGUUCCCAGAAAUUCUUACAGUUUUUAAAGAGAAAUUGUACUUUUAAUACUGAAUGUUUUAUAUUCAGAAAUGAUUUUUAAAUAUUAUAAAGAAUACAGGGUCUGAAAUCCCCACCGGAGGGCCAGAGAAUUGGCGUUACGUUUGUACAUAAACUUAUAAUAUAUUUGUAAAUGAUAUGUUAAUGUUGUAUAAUUUUAUUGUUACCGAGAUUAAAAUAUUAUUUUCAAUAGAAAUCAGCUCUUGUUACUAUCUUUACCAAUCACAUAACUACAGUCAAAUCUCUCUAAGACGUGUCCGUCUUAUAGAGAGUAAAAUAAAGGGAC